AUGUCCGAGUCGCUCGCGCCACGCGCCUCUUCCGAGGCACCCUCGCCCUCGCGCACCUCGCUCUCCAAGCAGGCCGCCGACGGCGACGGCGACAAGCAGCCCGCCAAGGCCGCACCCUACACCCUGACCGCAGAGCAGGAGGCGCAGGUGGCGGCGGGAGAGCAAAAGUACCACAAGCUCGGUUGGCAGAAGCUCACCAUCUGCCUCAUUGUCGAGGCCGUCGCCCUCGGCACCCUCUCGAUGCCCAAGGUCUUUGCCACCCUCGGCAUGGUCGCCGGCAUGAUCAUCACCGUCGGCAUCGGCAUCGUCGCCAUCUACACGAGCUGGAUCGUCGGCCAGGUCAAGCUCAAGUUCCCGCACAUCCAGCACUACACCGACGCCGGCACCCUCAUGUUUGGCAAGGUCGGCUUCUGGAUCUUUAGCUUCAUGUUUGUCGCCCAGCUCACCCUCUCGACGGGCUCCCACGCCCUCACGGGCACCAUCGCCUUUGAGUCGCUCGCAAACAACCCAGGCGUCUGCUCCCUCGUCUUUGGCGUCGUAUCCGCCAUCAUCCUCUUCCUCUGCGCCCUCCCGCCCACCUUCUCCGAGAUGGCCAUCCUCGGCUACAUCGACUUUGCCUCAAUCGUCGUCGCCGUCUUUGUCACCAUCGUCGCUACCGGCGUCCAGGCCUCGGACGCCCCCGGCGGCCUCUCGGCCGUCAACUGGUCCGCAUGGCCCAAGCCUGGCGUCACCUUCAGCGAGGCCUUCGUCCAGGUCUCGAACGUCGUGUUCGCCUACUCGUUCGCCUUCUGCCAGUUCAGCUUCAUGGACGAGAUGGCAAAGCCCGAAGAUUACACCAAGUCGAUCUGGGCCCUCGGCAUUUUCGAGAUCAUCAUCUACUCGCUCUCGGGCUCGCUCAUCUACGCCUUUGUGGGCCUCGACGUCCAGUCGCCCGCCCUCCUCUCCGCCGGCGCCACCGUUUCCAGGGUCGUAUUUGGCCUCGCGCUACCCGUCAUCUUCAUCUCGGGCAGCAUCAACACCACGGUUGCAGCGCGCUUCAUCCACUCGCGUGUCUUUGCCAACGACCUCGCGCGCUACAUCAACAACGCCAAGGGAUGGACCACCUGGGCCCUCCUGGUCGCCCUCAUCACCGUGGUGGCCUGGAUCGUUGCCGAGGCCAUUCCCUUUUUCAGCGAUUUGCUCGCGACGAUGUCGUCCCUGUUCAUUUCAGGUUUCAGCUUCUACUUGCCCGCAGUGAUGUGGUUCAUGCUGCUCAAGGAGGGGCGGUGGAACGCGACGCGCAAAAACGUCGUGCUGAGCCUGGUCAACGCGGCCGUGUUUAUCAUUGGCGUCGUGAUCCUCGGCUGCGGCACGUAUGCCUCUGUCAAGGACAUUAUCGACUCGUACAACAGCGGCUCGGUCCGUUCGGCGUUUACCUGCGCCACCAUCUAA